AUGCCGCCACCUCCUUUCAUUCCCGUCUUCCUCUUCUGCUUCAUCUUAGCCUCCUCUCUCUCCUCGGCCACGGCCACAGCCAAACCCACUCCGCUCCUUUUCCCCAUCAAGAAAGAUGCCUCCACCAACCAGUGCUACACCACCCUCCAACUCGGGACUCCCCCCACCGCCAUGAAUGAUGUUGAGAUUGACUGUCGAGAGCCCACCUCUCCAACCAUUGCAUCACCUCCUUUCAUUCCCCUCUUCCUCUUCGGCUUCAUCUUAGCCUUUGCCACGGCCACAGCCAUACCCGCUCCGCUCGUAUUCCCCGUCAAGAAAGAUAACUCCACCAACCGUUACUACGUCACCCUCCAGCUGGGGACUCCCCCCACCGCCAUGAACGCGGUCCUCGACCUCAGGGGCCAGUUCACGUGGCUCAACUGCAGUGGCUACAAGUCCUCAUCCUUUCGCCACGUCCCUUGCAACUCCUCUAGGUGCGACGUCCCUGGCGGCGGUGGCUGCAUCAACUGCUCCUACGGCCCCAGCGGUACCACCUGCACCAACAGCACGUGUGGCGUCAUCUUGGCGACACCAUCCUCGGACCUGAUGACGUCCACCGGACUUGGCGAGGACGUCCUGGUCUUGCAAUACCCGAAGGGGAUCAAGCACCCGUCCAGGAGCAAAUUUCAACAAUUUCCUUUCACUUGCGCGGAAUCGUUCUGGGCGGAGAACCUGCCGGAAUCAGCCCAAGGCAUGGUUGCGCUCGCAAGAUACCUGAGCUCGCUCGCCGCCAGGCUCCCUUCGCAACUCAACCUCGCCCGCAUAUUCGCUCUCUGCCUCCCUUCCUCCUCCUCCUCCUCCUCCAUAUCCGGCCACGGUGACCUCUACGUCGGUGGCCGCCCGUACACGCGGCCUUCGAUCAAGCAAGACCUCGCGAAGUUGCUCCACCGCACUCAGCUCCUCAUCAGUCCAGGGAGCAUCGCCCCUGUCUCCAGCGAAGGCGAUGGGUACACCAUCAAUGUAACCGCCAUCAAAGUCAACUUCGCUCAGGUCACCUUCAACUCUUCGGUCCUCCAGAUAGACAAGGACGGCUUCGGGGGGGCCACGAUCAACCCUCUCAAUCCGUACAUGCUCCUCCACUCGGAGAUCUUCACGCCUCUGGUGAAGGAAUUCACCAAGGAGGCGAAGGACAGGAAGAUCAAGAAGGCGACGCCGGUCGCACCAUUCGGGGUUUGCUUCAACGCGAAGACAGUGAAGAGCGGGUUGGCCGGUCCGGACAUGCCAACGAUCGUGCUGGUGCUCCGGGGCGCUGUGCAAUGGAGGAUAGAAGGGGCGAAUUCGAUGGUGAGGGUGAACAAGGACGUGAUGUGCCUGGGGUUCUUGGAUGGAGGAUCGUACGGGAUGGGCGCGAUGGUGAUCGGAGGUCAUCAGAUAGAAGAUAAUCUGGUGGAGUUCGAUGUAGGGUUGUCCACGUUUGGAUUCGGCAACUCGCUUCUCCUACAGAACUCCAGUUGCUCCCAUUUUUGAGCAGUU